CGCCGACACAACCUUCAUGCACGCAGCGCCGUCGAUCCAUUUCGUGAAGGACGAAUCGUUUGGCGUUGGCGGGGAGCAUCAUCACGUGGCCAACGGAGACGCGCUUGUACACAACAACGUGGUAUCGCGGUCUGACAUUUCGUCGUACAAGUGCAUUCCAGGGGUCGCGCUGUUCGCAGGGCGGCAAGAUGGCAAACUUGUCAUGUGGAGUUACACGCGGCUAGGCUGCCUCCUUCCCCAGGGUCAACUGUUUGGCGGACACUCUGGUCCUGUCAUGUGCCUCGAGUUCAUGCAGCGCCACGAUAAUUCGCAGCUCUUGUUCAGUGCAUCGGCGGAUCGCACCAUAAAGGUUUGGGACCCGACACGCCCGACCGUGGACGAGCCGUGCAUUCAAACGCUAGCUGCGCAUGGGGGAACUGUGACGGUAGUCAAGAUCGCAGGCACAACGCUUAUUUCAUGCAGUGUGGACCGAACAAUCAAGCUCUGGCAGCCCGACAAAGGGCGAACGCUGCUCCUGCAUCCAUGGUACAUCUGCACCCAAACGCUGUCGAGUGGUGGCUGCUGGCCCACGUCCGUGUGUCUGCGCAGUGCUGAUUUGUCCAGCACAUACGUGGCAGAUUCUGGUGGCGGCGUGUCUGUGUACACAACAGCGAACAGCCGAGAGCGCGUCGACCCAACGAAUGAAGACCAGCUCAAGCUCAAGCGCCAACACAACCACUUUCACGCGCUCGGCGUGACACAAAUCUUGGCGAUUCCAGAUCAAAACCUCAUUGUGACCAUCUCAUUCGAUACGAAAGCUCAAGUGUUUGACGCGCAUACUGGUGCGAUUGUCAUGACGAUCGAAAACACCCGUCAUUGCCGCUUCACGGGCUGCGACUGGGACAAACACAAUCACGAGCUGUUCAUCGUGGACGAGAAGGGCCAUCUGUCUAUCUGGAGCAUCGACACAGAGAAGUGCAUGCGCACCGAGUUGCUCGAAUCGGUCCCGAUCUUGGCAGUGACGGUGUUUCCGGGGGGGCACCAUGUUCUGGUCCAGCGACCAAAUGGAGCGACGCUGUACAAGGUCCACCGAGACGAAUCGUACGUCGAGUGCCAAGGCCAUUUGGAAGCUGUGGUUGGGGUGGUUAUUGCGACCGUGGGCAACGCGGGGGAGUCCAACUUAGUGUCUGCAUCGAUUGACAACACAUUGAGGUGCUGGGAUCCGUACGACCUCCGCGUGCUCUACGGGUUUGAAGAAAAGGAGGGCGAGUUGAGCACCAUCGCGUACUCGGCGCCUCAUCAUAGGCUGCUCACGGGGAACGAAAACGGCAACAUCAAGCAGUGGAACGUCGACAAUGGGCAAUUUUACACGACGCGCGUGCACCACAACACAGUCAGCUGCAUCGUCACAGCGAGCCUGGAUGGCCACGAGUUGUUUAUCUCGGCCGACUUUGACGGAGUCAUUUGGAUUUGGGAGCUAAUGGUGGGCCAUGCGCCGAUGCCGCAUGUGAAAUUACAAUCCAAGGAGCCGAGUCGCGGCAACGAGAUCUAUUGCCUUGCAUUCAAUAACGGAGCCUACUUGAACAGCCCGCAUGCCGCGUACUUCGCAGCAGGUGACAGCAACGGCAACAUCAAGCUGUACAGCUUGGAUGACCAAGAACUACUUGCAACGCUGAGCAACCACGAAGACUCAGUCACAUGCCUGGCAUUCGACGGAUGCUUUUUGUUUUCGGGAUCGGACGACUGCUCGAUCAAGAUCUGGAACAUGCUGAAUCCACGACACGCUUACGAGCUAGGGAGCAUUCAAGCGCAUGCGCUAGCAGUGCGAGAUAUCAUUGUGCUGCCGUCUACGGGGUACAUUGUGUCGUGUGCGUACGACGGUAAAAUUCGCGUGUGGAACUACCAAGUGUGUGGCUCGUAUGGUCAAUACGCCGCCCUCAUCCACGAACUCAAGUGCGGUUCAUUCGUGUGCAAUCACCGUAUCAAGUUCUCGAAAUCAUGUCGUGUGGCCGAUAGGAAGGAUGAAAAGCUGCGGUGCUUGACGUAUUGGCCGCAGAAGAACGCGAUCGUGUGUGGCACGAGCGACAAGAACGUGCUCGUUUUCAACAUCCCCAUGACGCUCAUCACGCCUGGAUGCACGUUCGAGAGCCUCCGUCCAAUGUAAGGCGCCGCAUUUGUCGAUCAUCGGGUUUCGCCUGGCGUUCGUUCAAUCAAAGAUGCUGUUGGCAGCUGUACUUGGGCGGAAAACGAUUCCAUGGAAAUUUUCUUGAUUUUGAACUAUGAUUGGC